GCAGUGACGUUAAAUUCUGCUCAGUCAGAGAGAGCAUCUGUCAAGCCCACAUUUAAACUGCUGCCUGCCUGUGCAGCAGCUGAAGAACCGUGGAUUUCAUAUUACAGAUUAAAACCCCAGUAAAACUGCUCAAAAAAAAAAAAAAAUCCUUCCUGCAGCUGCCAGGCAACGACGACGGAAGAGAGGCAAAGCCUUUUUUUUUCCCCAAUGCAACUGAAACACAAAACCCCAGCUCUGCUGCUUUACAUUGCAGCUCAGCACUACUACUAGCAAUAUGGAUACUGAGAAGAGAAUACAGCACCGCAUUGUCCAGCCGGAGAAUACAGCAGAUGUAAAGAGCGUCAAUGCAUCAACUGUCGGAAAGAGUCAACAGUGUACCAAAUAGAACGGACAACUACAGCCCUUUUGUUUAAAGAAAGAGAAAAUGAAACACAGGGAAAAUCUCUGAAGACUAGGGCACAUAUGAACAAGAAGGGUAACUUGAAGACACGCCGACAGAUGGACACUUUGGAUACUGUGAAAAGCAAUCACAGGAGGCAGACUGUUGGGGGAUGUGCGCAUGUUCGAUAGCAUCGUUUUGGGGGGUUUUUUGUUGUUUUUUUUUUCCUUUGACUGAAGUGAUGGCGUGCCAAAAGUAUUAUUUUCAGUGGGCAUAAUCCUCUCCACCUAAAUGGCCUGACCAAGAAAGAAAGAAUGACUUCAAGGGACACACAACUAAACCAGAAAAUGAUGACCAAAGAACAGGACUGAUUCAGGAAAAAAAAAACAAACCCAAGAGUAUUUCUGGCCUCAUACAUCUUACUGGAUAUUUUCCAACAUGCUUCAGUGGAGGAGAAGACACUGCUGCUUUGCAAAGAUGACCUGGAAUGCUAAAAGGUCUCUGUUCCGGACCCACCUUAUGGGUAUACUUUCCCUCGUGUUUCUUUUUGCUAUGUUUUUGUUUUUCAACCAUCAUGACUGGCUACCAGGUAGAGCUGGAUUCAAAGAAAACCCUGUGACGUACACUUUCCGAGGAUUUCGUUCUACAAAAAGUGAGACAAAUCACAGCUCUCUUCGGAACAUAUGGAAAGAAACAGUUCCUCAGACUCUGAGGCCUCAGACAGCAACUAACUCCAAUAACACAGAUCUAUCACCACAAGGAGUUACAGGACUAGAGAACACACUCAGUGCCAAUGGAAGUAAUUAUAAUGAAAAGGGUACUGGACAUCCAAACUCUUAUCAUUUCAAAUAUAUUAUCAAUGAGCCUGAAAAAUGCCAAGAGAAAAGUCCAUUUUUAAUAUUAUUAAUAGCUGCAGAACCUGGACAAAUAGAAGCAAGAAGAGCUAUCCGGCAAACGUGGGGCAAUGAAAGUUUGGCACCUGGCAUCCAAAUCACACGGAUUUUUUUGUUGGGCAUAAGUAUUAAGCUAAAUGGCUACCUUCAACAUGCAAUUCUAGAAGAAAGCAGACAAUAUCAUGAUAUAAUUCAACAGGAAUACUUAGAUACAUACUAUAAUCUGACGAUUAAAACACUAAUGGGUAUGAACUGGGUUGCAACAUACUGUCCACAUAUUCCAUAUGUUAUGAAAACAGACAGUGACAUGUUUGUCAACACUGAGUAUUUAAUACACAAGUUACUAAAGCCAGAACUGCCUCCUAGACAUAACUACUUUACUGGGUAUCUAAUGAGAGGAUACGCACCUAACAGAAACAAAGACAGCAAGUGGUACAUGCCACCAGACCUUUAUCCAAGUGAGCGUUACCCUGUAUUCUGUUCAGGAACUGGUUAUGUUUUUUCUGGGGAUCUAGCAGAAAAGAUAUUUAAGGUUUCUUUAGGCAUCCGUCGUUUGCACUUGGAAGAUGUGUAUGUAGGGAUCUGUCUUGCCAAGUUGAGAAUUGAUCCUGUGCCCCCUCCCAAUGAGUUCGUGUUCAAUCACUGGCGAGUUUCUUACUCAAGCUGUAAAUACAGCCACCUAAUUACCUCUCAUCAGUUCCAGCCUAGUGAACUGAUAAAAUACUGGAACCAUUUACAACAAAAUAAGCACAACGCCUGUGCCAACGCAGCAAAGGAAAAAGCAGGCAGGUAUCGGCACCGUAAACUACACUAAAAGACUAUUUUUGUUCAAGUGUGCAAUUUGUAAAUAUUGCUUAAAGCAUGUAUAGUUAAAAACUUGAUACAUACAUAGAACAAGUUUUAGUUCAGCUCAUCAUGUAAGGGAAUUCAAAACUAUUUUUUUAAUUUCUGAAGAAGCUAAUUCAUAAAAUUACAACAUUAUGACAAAAAGGUAUCCCAAAAGAGUCUACUUUAAAAAAAAAACUGCAUAAAGAAAAGGAUUCUCUGUAUUAACAUGCAAUAAGCAUGCAUACAUAAAGGGUUUAAGUCUUAUAUUAGGGAUCAAUAUAGUGUAUCUGCAUACAUUUUCCACAUAAAUCAUAAUUUAAGAAAUGAAGAUAGUCAAAAGAUUCCUAGGUUUACUUUGAAUUUCAUCAUAUAAUCUAAUGUACAAGGGAACUUUGUAACUGUGCAAAGAACACAUUUUCUGACCUGACUUUAGAGUUCUAACUUUAUACCACACACAAUAAGACUUAGUUAAGUUAUGCCAUAAACUCAGCUAUAUUCAGGCAUUUGAGCAAUGCAAUUCUCACUCAAGCAUUUACUUUUAAAAAUAAUUGAUAAGUGUUUUAUAAUUUCUUUUAUUAAUUCUCAUAUAUACUGGGGAACUUAUUUUGACAUGUGAUAAAUGUGAAAAAUUAAUGUGUCUCAGGCUCAAGUUUUUAAAAUGAAUUAUUAAAGGUUUCAAAAUAGAUAAAUUUUGUUUUCUCAUUAGUAUUAAGGGCCAACCCAGUAUGUCAAUGAAUUUUGCAUUUGGACAAAAUAUUGCACUCAUGGAGAAUGCUUAACUACAACUAUACCUUAUGUCACGUAUGUCUGUGAAAUAAAAUCAUGUUCCUCUAAGUGAAACAAAAGUACUAACAAAAAAGCACAAUGAUGAAGUGUUGUUGAAAAAUGAAGAAAAAAAGGAGUACAGGUAGAAAUUUCACUCAAUAUAUUUUUAAGAUGUAUGUCUGCCAAACAGCAACAUAUGGGUAAAGUUUUAUUUCCUGAGGA